AUGGGAUGCUCAUUUGCUUUGUUGAGUAAAAAAGACCCCAAAGUAUUUGCAAAAUAGGUUGGCUACAUUGCAUUAGAAAUAGAAAAAGGAACUCCUAAAGUCCUCGAAAUGCUAAAAAGCUUAAAAGACUGACCAAAUUACAAGAUGAGACAAGUAACAACGACUUAGACUUCUUGAUCCUUUCUACAUUUAGCUUGCUGAUAUGGGCACGACUGGCUUGCUAACGAAAUGAUUAGCAACGGGGCUGACCCUCUGGCUCUAGAUUGUGUAAUAUCUAUAAAGAAUAACGAAACUCCUUUACAUCUUGCUGCCUAUCGAGGCCACUUAAAAGUUAUUAGCGUUUUGCUUAAAGCUGGAAGUGACCAAAAUGCAGAAAAUCUUGUAAAGCUCUAACAUAGUAUGGAAAAACUCCAUAUCAAUUAGCAAAAGAAAAUGGCUUUGACAAAGAUUACGACUUAUUGGAAAACCUUGAUAUAACCAGAGAUGAUGCUUGAUGUGAAAUAAGGAAAAGUAAAGAACUCUGUAAUGUGGACACUAUGCUAUGAAAAAAUAGUCAAAUAAAUAAUUUAGUUAGCAUUUAA